CUUCGUUGGUUAUAUGGAUUGGUUACUAAUACUUCUCAUUAAUCCAAUCAACAUCCCACACACCCAUCUAGCUCAUCCUUGAUUUCCAAUUUGAGGAGAUGGGUUGGAUCGAUACACGAGUUUAUUUAUGUUCUAGGUUCGGUAUCAUUGGCCGACUAAAUAUCGGGUUUGUUAAGAGAUUGAGGUUAAAUUUGGUAGUUUAGGUUGGCGACAUCCAAAUGAUCACAAGACUACUCGAAAUGCUAACACAUUCACACUAGCAACAAGUUAGAAAGAACAAGACGCUUAGUUACUCUUUCUUUUCAAAGUUGCUCACGUUAAAUUGAAUUUUACUAAAGAGUUUAAAGUUAAAGUUACCAAUUUUGUUAACCAUGUAACACCAUACAAUCAUCAACUUCAGCAAAAAGAAGAUCUCUAUUGCUGCCUGCCAGCCAUGCAUGCAUCCAAGUCCACAAUCAAAAGUCCAUCAAUGAAGCUUUUCAACGGUUACAAGGAGCCCUAAAAAUGGUGUCACUCACUAACCCCAAGAGAAACAAAAAAGAGAGUCAUCUUCCUCUCCUCCUUAGGGCAUGAAUGAAUGAAUGAGUCAGUCAAAAAGAAGACAUUCUUUUGGGGUAGGGAUCAUCACUCUCUUUUUCCCCAACCCCAACAUAUGUCCCCUCCUCCCUCUUCUUUCAGCCGUUUGUAUUCAAACAAAGGUCAAGGUGCCUUUUCGUAAUUUUACCAUCCGCACUCACUCACUUCCCAUGCAUCCUUCUUAACUCUCUCUAACCCAUAACACACACACACACACUCUCACAUCACCUUCUUCUUCUUCUCCUCCUCCUAUAUAUGCAUUCAAGGUUUUUGUCAUGCUAUCCACUCCACUCCACUCCACUCCAUUUUCAUUACAUUAUAAUUACUCCUCCUCAUCAUCAAACCCCAUUACUUAUAUUAUGAGAUGAAGAUUAGAUGAAGAAAAGCUCCCUUUCUGUCAGAGUUUUGUCUCCAUUAACAUGGCAAGCACCACCAACAUAUCCAUCCCAACAUUCUUCUUCUUCUUCAUCACCAUCCUCUUGUUCACAUCCUUGCUCGUACUGAAUCCUCAGUCGGUCCUUGCUCAAGACCAGGAAUGGGUAAGAAAGGAAGCUGAGCUUCUCCUCUCCUUCAAGUCCUCAGUUCAUGACCCCUUUGGCCACCUCUCCACAUGGAAGAACGACACGUCUGCUUCCAGUAUUUGCAGCUGGGAUGGGAUCGUUUGUGAUGAUGUCAAUUCUUCUCGCGUCCGUCUCAUCAACUUGCCAACGAAAAAUUUAUCGGGUGAACUUCCAUCUUCAAUCUUCCAACUCUCUUAUCUGGAGACCAUCGAUCUUUCUGGCAACCAGUUUUAUGGCGAGAUCCCAAGCUACGUGUUCUCGAGCUCGUCCUUGCGACAUCUCAACCUCAGCAACAACAACUUCACUGGUGAGAUUACGUCUGGAAUCUCUUCCGGUGUGCUUGAGACGUUGGAUCUCUCCAGUAACAUUCUGACUGGAGAGAUCCCGUGGGAGAUCGGGUCGUUCUCCGGUUUGAGGUACGUGGACCUCGGAGGAAAUGUGUUGGUUGGGAGGAUACCAAUUUCAAUAUUAAAGAUUUCGAGGUUGGAAUCGCUGACCCUAGCAACGAACCAACUCGUGGGGGGAAUCCCGAGAGAGUUAGGUCAGAUGACGAGCCUUCGUUGGAUUUACUUGGGAUACAACAAUCUCUCCGGUGAAAUCCCGGAGGAAAUUGGGAACUUGACUUCCCUCGAACAUCUUGAUCUCGUCUACAACAAUCUCACCGGUGGAAUCCCUCCGUCUUUAGGCAACCUCACCCAUCUUCGGUACCUCUUUCUGUACGGAAACAAUCUCGCCGGUUCAAUUCCCGGGUCGAUUUUUGGCCUACGGAAUUUGGUCUCUCUCGAUCUCAGCGAGAACUCGUUGUCAGGUGAGAUCCCGGAGAGUAUAUCUCAACUGCAGAGCUUGGAAGUUCUUCAUCUCUUCUCCAACAACUUCACCGGAGAAAUCCCAGCCGGAUUAAGCGCCCUGCGGCAGCUUCAGGUGCUUCAGCUCUGGUCCAACCGGCUGACCGGUCAGAUACCCAAAGAUCUCGGUGAAAAACAGAGCAAUCUCACUGUGCUGGACCUUUCCACCAAUUCUCUGACUGGGAAAAUUCCGGAGACCCUUUGCAGCUCCGGCGGUUUGUUUAAGCUCAUUCUUUUCUCGAAUUCUCUGGAAGGCGAGAUUCCGGAGAGUCUGAGCUCUUGCAGGAGCUUGAAACGCGUGCGUCUCCAGAACAACAAGUUGUCAGGGGAAUUACCGCUGAAAUUCGCCAGGCUGCCACUUGUCUACUUCAUGGACAUCUCCGGCAAUAAUUUUUCCGGCAGGAUCGAUCACCGGCAAUGGGAGAUGCCGUCGCUUCAAAUGCUGAAUCUGGGAAGGAAUCGGUUCGUCGGUGGCCUGCCGGAAUCUUUCGGCAGCGACAAACUGGAGAACUUGGACUUGUCGGAAAACGAAUUUUCGGGUUCGAUUCCGGCAAAGUUCGGAGCUUUAUCGGAAUUAAUGCUGCUAAAGCUGAGCGGAAAUCACAUCUCCGGCGAUAUUCCUCCGGAAUUUUCUUCCUGUAAGAAGCUUGUCACUCUGGAUCUCAGCCGAAACCAGUUGACCGGUCCGAUCCCUGCAGAGCUCGCCCAAUUGCCGGUUCUCGGUCAGCUCGAUUUGUCCGAAAACAAGUUGUCAGGAGAAAUCCCUAAUGGUUUGGGAGAAAUAGAAUCGCUGGUCCAGGUCAACAUCUCUCACAAUAAUUUCCGCGGCAGUUUGCCGGCGACGGGAGCUUUUCUAGCACUCAACGCCACCGCCGUCGCCGGAAACAAUCUCUGCGACUUAACUACUUCCACCGGGUUGCCGCCUUGUGGAGGAGCUAACGCCAAGCGCUCCCUGAUUUGGCACAAUUACUUGGUCGCCUGUAUCUUAGGUACUCUGGCUUUUAUCGCUCUGAUCGCUUACGCCGUAAUUCUGAUGAAUCGAGGACGAAUGUCAAUGGAGAUGAAAAAAGUGGAGAAUCUCGAAGAUGGGUUGACGUGGGAACUGAGGAUCUUCGAUUCCGGCAAGGUUUGGAGAUCCAUUUCCAUGGAUGAGAUUCUGGGUUGCAGGAGAGAAGAGAACUUGAUUUCCAAAACAGGGGACUCUGUUUCGUACAGGGGGGAUUUCUCAGGGACUCUGUUCGUGGUGAAGGAAAUAAGGCGGGAGAUGGUCAUGAUGAGUUCGAUUCCGGCGAGUUUCUGGACGGAAAUUGGAGGGAUUCAGCAUCCCAAAGUGGUGAAAUUGAUUGGAGUGCUGCAAUCGAGUAAGGGUUUAGGGUUUCUGGUUUACGAGCACGUUGAAGGGAGGAAGUUGAUUGAGGUGGUUCGGAGCUUGAGUUGGGAGAGAAGGAAGAGGGUUGCGAUUGGUGUGGCGAAAGCUCUCCGGUUUUUGCACGGCCAUCGGUCGGCGAGCAGGUUGGUCGGAUGUGUUUCGCCGGACAAAGUGAUCGUCGACGGGAGAGAUGAGCCUCAUAUGGAACUGAGCCCACUUGAUUUGGUCGGCUAUGAAACCAAAGGGUUCGUUUCAUCCCCACAUUUUGGUCCAGAAAGCUUGGAAAUGAGAGAGAAGAAGGAUAUCUAUGGCUUUGGGCUAAUCCUCAUCCAAUUGUUAACUGGAAAAUGCCCGAACGACGUUGAAGCGUUGGGAGUGGAGGAGGGCAUCGUGGAAUGGGCUCGAUAUUGCUACUCAGAUUGUCAUAUCCAGACGUGGGUCGAUCCCAUGGUGUUGAUGAAGCAACAAAAUGAAGUGGUCGAAGCCAUGAACUUGGCUCUCCGUUGCACAGCAGUUGAUCCCAUAGCUCGACCGUGUGCAAAAGAUGUGUUGAAAACCCUAGAGUCGUCUACCUGUUUGCUAAAUUCUUGUUUUGCCUCAAAUAUGUAGUUCUUGUGACGAGUUCGCAACAAUUGGGCUAAGGUGCAGAGCGGUCGGGCAAAUCAAUUCCCUACAACCAUGCAUGCAAAAAUACAAACAGUCAUCUCAUACAUGUGAAGUUUAUUUUUGGACGGUUGGAUGACAAGUUAGCGACAAUUUUGUUGCCAGCGAAAAAGAUGGAACGUUUUUAGAAAUUCAGUCGCCUCCUAGAACUAAAAGCUUGUGUCUCAUGCAUGUUGAGGAAGACCGCUCUACACCGUAGCCUAAUAGAAUUCGUAGCUUACUAUAAAUCUUCCGUGUUUAGGAGUUUUCUAGUUGUUUUUAUCUUGAUCGUUUUUUAUCUUUUUUUUGUUGUUGUUGUGGUUUGUUUGUGUUACCCUUUAAGUUCGAAAGAAAAAUGGAUGAUUAUUUGUUCCACUUAAGUUGUAUCAUAUUAGGCGCUUAGCAAGGGAAGGUUAAAUGGAAGAUGGAAAACAGUAUGAAAAUGAUUUAGGUUUGUGGGUUAUUGGCUUUUUGCUUUAGGGUAUUGCUAGAUAGAGGUUGAUGAUUUUUGGUUGAAUGUAUAUUGUAACUGCAAAAAUAUAAUGUAACUUAUAUUUUCUUGGUACAUGAAUGAAGUAAUUGCAAUUCAUGUCAAAUAGUAUUCAUCCUUGCUAACUUUCAAAAGCGACGCCUACGUCGAUUGGAGUCUCCAUCGCCCUUCUGUUCGGCGGCAGCGUCUCCGUCCCUUCUACUUCAUAUCAGCAGUGAUCGUAGGUGGCAAUUUCAGACGCGUAUCACUGCUGAGAUCCGACGGAAUAGUAAUCGCUUCGUGUCACUGCUGAGACGGGACGGUUACGGUAUGAGCUGAAACUGCACAGCCGGUUGGGAAAAGUUUCCCCGCUGCCAGAUUGCACCGCCGAUAGAGAAGACGACUGGAACGACGCAAGUGCCCAGGUCCGACGAUCUGCUGCUAGGUUAGGGAAGGGAGUUAAGUUUCCAGAGGAAGGCGAUUGGUGGCACAAUUCCUUAUUUUCUUCUCCAUCUGGUCGCUUCAGUGUAUCAGAGCAACGGCCGUUCUCAGGGGAGGGUGCCGACGGCUUCAACCUAACAGCGGAGCGCUGAUUGUUUUGAGGGCUGUUUGGUUGGGUUGGAUUUUUCAACUAAAGAGGUGCAGAUCCACUUGAAGACAAGGAUACACGGUUUACCGGCUGUAGAGACGGCGACGAUUUAGAUCUCUGUUUUGGUAUUCGGAUUACCAUCAGUGGCUUAUGGGCCUGAUUGACUCCGUUUUUAGGGAGAUAAUGAGUGUCAUCGAGUGGCCAUAUUUCGUUUGUUUGUUUUGCAGGCCUCACCAAUGGCGGAGCUGCUGUUACAGAGACACAAGGGCUGGCAAUGGCCAGUGUAUAGCAAUGGCGCCGAUGUCGUUCCCUCUUCGUACUUCCAAUUCCGGCAUCCAAAUUUCGGUGGCAGUUACAAAUUCAGACCCUCCAAUCCUAGAUGUGGAAUGCUUCAGACGGUUACAAGUAGAUAGGCGAUUACAAUUACAAAAGCGGUUCAUAACCACGUUCAUUUUAAGACUUUUAAUUCUUACUCAAUGACAUAUUUAAUUAUGCACAUGUGUUUGGUAUUUUUGCUUGGUCUUGCUUUGCAGGUUUUGUAUUCAGCAUAAAUCGGCUAAUAGAAGGCUCUCAAGAAGUUCGCCGAAAGAAGGCCUUUUUUGCGUUUAUUCAUUUUUUUUUAUAUGUUUCUAGGCAUACUAACAGGGCUGCCCAUUGCGUGGCACAAACGGCCCUUGCGGUAGCAACCCAUUUGGUUGACUACCGCUCUUUCCUUUUCACCGCAUUGUAACACCCUAUCUAUUACGAUCUAUCUAUGAAAAAAAAAGAAUGAAGUAAUUAUCACCGUAAGAAAUCUUUUUAAUCUUC